CUAAAGAACCGCCGGUGAAAAGCAAUCAUCAACAGCUGUUGAAGACCCACAUUUUCUUUUCCUCUACUUUCUUGUUUAGAGAAUACCCAGAGCCUAGAUCUGCCUGGGUUUAACUUUUGUCAAUUCCCCCAUUCAAUUCCAACACCAUCGUAAUUUGGGCAAUCGGUUUAGCAUUAGGGUUUCCCUUCCUGUUUACUGCUCUUCCCAUGUACCGCUGCUAGGGUUUUUUUUUGGGUAGAUGGAAGAAUCUUAGAAUUGGGUCUCAGAAAUGGGUGAUUCAUUUCCUAAUUACCUCGACGUCCUCGCCUUAUUGUGUACUGCCGGAGCCGUUUGGUUGGCCGUUCUUCACAUCUACAGGCAUCUUUUGAAUUACACGGAACCUAUUUUUCAGAGAUACAUCGUCCGCAUCAUUUUCAUGGUCCCGGUUUAUGCGUUAAUGUCUUUCUUGUCCCUUGUUUUACCACGGAGUUCAAUCUAUUUCAAUUCUUUCAGGGAGGGCUAUGAAGCUUGGGUCAUUUAUAAUUUUCUCUCUCUCUGCUUGGCAUGGGUUGGAGGUCCAGGAGCAGUUGUGCUCAGUUUGACUGGUCGAGUUUUAAAGCCAUCUUGGUUUCUGAUGACAUGCUGCUUGCCUCCUGUACCACUAGAUGGGCGCUUUAUACGGAGAUGCAAGCAAGGCUGCCUGCAAUUUGUCAUCCUGAAGCCCAUUUUAGUUGCUGUUACUCUCAUAUUAUAUGCCAAAGGAAAAUAUGAAGAUGGGAAUUUCAGUCCAAACCAGUCAUAUCUAUAUCUUACUAUCAUCUACACAAUCUCUUACACAUCGGCUCUGUAUGCUUUGGUGUUGUUUUACAUGGCAUGCAAAGAUCUUCUUAAGCCAUUCAAUCCAGUUCCGAAGUUCAUCAUCAUAAAAUCUGUGGUCUUCUUAACCUAUUGGCAGGGUGUUCUGUUUUUUCUUGCUGCAAAAUCGGGAUUUAUAAAGGGUGCUGAAGAAGCAGCUCAGUUUCAAAACUUCCUUAUAUGUGUUGAGAUGCUUAUAGCUGCCGUAGGUCAUCUUUAUGCAUUUCCAUAUAAAGAGUAUGCUGGUGCAAAUAUUGGUGUGUGUCGUGAUUUUACAAGAAGCCUUGCACAUGCCUUAAUGUUGAAUGACUUCUAUCAUGAUACUGUCCACCAGUUUGCACCAACGUAUCAUGAUUAUGUACUGUACAACCAUAAUGAUGGAGAUGAAGGAACAAGGAAGUACCGGUCAAGGACUUUUGUGCCAACUGGGCCCGAGAUGGAUGCAGCUAGAAGAAACAAACACGCAAUACCUAACAAACUAGAGGAUAUUCAGCUAUCCGCUCUCCCAUCAUAUGGUACAGGCGCUCCCCAAAACCCUAGCUCUGUACCUGAAUCUGCAAGUGCUGAUGUUACAAAAUCAUCACUGCUUAUGGACCACUCAAAUUCUUAUUCAAUGCCGUAUGAUAUGUCACUUAUGGACAUGGAUCUAUCCGGUUAUCCUUCGGCAGUUCCGGCAGCGAAAGAUAUCAAUCCUAGGUGACAAGUGUCUAGUAGCAUCCUUGGGGACUUGGGGGGAGCGGGGAGCGUCUGACAUAACAUUAUUUCCGACUUUGGACAGCCUCCUUUACGAAGUUGUGUGUUUUUAUUUGCUGUUGUCCUCGGCUCCCGAUAUUCUCUCUUCCCACUCAUUCGCCUGUAUUGAUUUCAAUCCACAUAAAAUUCAGUCACCCUUAGAUGUCAUAGUGGAAUUUGGUGACCUAGUGGAAGGUACGCCGACCGAUUGAUGUUUUAUUUUGUUGCUGUCUGCUCUGCAGAUGCAGUAGCACUUUAGGGUCACAUAUUUGAAGGAUAUGAAUUGAAAGUAAUGAAAUCCGGCUUCAACUUGUGUUCACUUGA